CGAAAAGGUCCUUCGGCACCAUGAGUGCAGGUCAGAACGACGCGUUCGAAACCGCGUUCCAAAAUUUCUUCAACAGCUUGCCGGAAAAGGAGAAACGCCGUUACUCUCCAUGCUCAUCAGCUGACGACCUCCUCCAGAGCAUUCAUAAGCUCAGCGUACUAGGCAAAAAAUGGCAGAAAACCCGUGUCAAUCGAGCAGUAAACAGAGUGAAAGCCUUUAGCGAUCGUUUGCAGCCGUUUUUCGCCUGCAUAUCUAUCUUCAUCCAAUCGAACCCAACAUACUCUGCAAUAGUAUGGGGGUCCGUUCGUCUGGUCUUGCAGUUGGCGAGCAACUUCUCGUCUUUUUUUGAGAAGCUUUUAGGCAUUCUGCAAAGGAUCUCGGAAUCCUUCCCACAGUACCAGGAGAUUAAUGCCUUCUGCAGAAGAGAUAGCUCCCAAAGACUUAAGAGACAUGUUGAACACGUCUACGGCGACUUGCUCAAUUUUUUCCAGCAUAUCGCUAAGAUAUUCAGCACAGGUAGCGGAGAUAUGAGGAAAAGGCCGGCAGUAGUGUGGAACUUGGUUUGGACUCCAGUUGAUAUCCUCUUCAAGGACCUACUGCAGCAGUUUAACCAGCACGCUCAAUUCAUACGAGAUGAGCUUGCGCUCUUCCGCACAAAGCAAAGCGUGUUAACCGAAGAUGCAGCAGAGGUUGAACGCAGCUUCGCAGCUGAGGAACGUCGGCUGGCAGAAGAUUCAAGGCGCAAUAUCCGGGAAGUGGGGAAAGAUACUCAAGAAUUUAUCCAGGACAGGGUAUUCAAAGAUGUACACAAAUGGAUCAGCCCACCUGAUUAUGCUGACAUUCUUGAGUCGUCACUAGAAGAUAGGUCAGACGGCACUUGCGGGUGGAUUUUCAGCAAUUCCACCUUUGAGUCAUGGCAGGAAAGAGAAAACUCGAAGAAGAGUAGUGUCGAUCCCAGGGAUCUUGGGCCACGGGCGCUCUGGAUUCACGGAAAUCCUGGUGCUGGUAAAACGACGCUGGUCUCAUCCAUCGUCCAAGAAAUGCGAGCAACAGCUGACCUGCCGGGAUCUGAAGCUACUGUGUGUUACCAUUUCUUCUCCUGCGAUGUACUGAAGCUCUCUGAAUCGCAACCGACGGCAGCAUAUCGAUCUAUAUUGUCACAGAUUCUUCACCAACAUCGGCACAAUACCAACAUUCUUGACAAAUAUGCGUUUUCCCUCACCAAUACGACAACUGGACAGCUACGUGCGUCGAGCACGGAACUCAAAGAGCUUCUUCAACUAAUCCUGCCGGAUCUCGGGCCCACAUAUCUAUUCCUCGAUGGCAUUGAUGAGUGCUCUGACAGAAUAGGCCUCUUGAACACAGUACGGAUUCUGCUCGAAUACUUGAAUGUCAAGAUUCUGCUAUCAAGUCGGCUCAACGUCACCAAUCUCUCUCGUGCAAUAAAGCCCGCCCAACGCAUAGCAAUUGAUCGAGCCGCUGUUUCGGGGGACAUCUACAAGUAUCUCUGUGAAAGUUUAGAUGGCAUGAUUGAGGAAGGUUAUCUACCUACGGCUGAUUCUUCUGAGAUUGCAGGUCAGCUCACCAAAGGCGCAAAUGGAAUGUUUAUCUGGGCGAAACUCAUGGUUAAGCUCUUGAAUUCGCCCGUUCUGACACCUCUCCGGCGUCUUUCCGUAAUUCAGGAAGUCACCUAUCCCGAAGGGUUGGAUCAGAUGUAUGACAGAAUCCUCAAUCUCAUCGAGAACUCUGGAGAGCUGCAGCGGAAUGUAGCAAACAAGAUCAUGUCCUGGAUCACUUAUGCUGUAGCGCCUUUGUCAGUUCAACAACUCCAUGAGUACAUUUACAUGGACCAAGGAGGCGAUCAUGAAGAUGAGCAACUCGAAAUAGGAAGCUUCAUAGAUGUCCUCAAUUCCGUCUGCGGUUCCUUGACGGAAACCUAUACGAUUGAACCUUACAAUUUUCCGCCGGGUUUGACAACCAAUGGAAACCGUAGCCUCGGUGUCCGAUUCAUCCAUCUGUCAGUCAAAGAGCAUUUGCAGAAGACAGGCAACAAUCCAAAGGCAUCGGCAUGGGUCAAGAGUCUUCACGGCAAAGGCAUUGGUCACUCGACGCUUGCUCAGGAAUGUCUGAAGCACGUUCUACAUACAACCCAACAACAAGACAUGCGUAGAGGCACCCUCAUACAGUACGCAGUAGUGCACUGGGUAACCCACUUGGUCUUGCUCAGCGGCGAAGUUCUAGCCUCGGAGCUAGUGAUGGGAAGCGAUAAUUCUCGGAUGAUAGAGGAACCUCUGGCCACCUUGGAGAAGUUUCUAGACCAUCCGAUUGUGGUCACUAAGUGGCUUGCUGCAUACUUUGGAACAGUUGCAACAUGGCUUCGUAAUGUGCGACACGAACCUGACCGCUUUCCUCGAUUUGCUGAGUUUGUCAAUAACUUCGGCGAAUUCGCUAGAAAUCUUGAGAAGAUUUUUGAGCAAUGGGGAGCGAGGCUGCGACUAGAGCAGGAUCUCAUAUGGAACGAAGUGGUCGCAUUUUCAGGAAGCCGGUUCUUGCAAUCAAAAGCUGAGCUCACGAAAGUUACCUAUCUCCAACCGGACCUUCCGAUUGACUGCGCUCAGAGCUCACGGCCUCUCUGUACAGUGUCUGCAAUCUCAUCCGAUGGACUUUUAAACUGCGCCCUUCAUGUAUGGCCUUCCAAAGCCUACGAAGAGAGAUGGCAGAGCCUGAAGGCGAACGAGUCUCUCAUAGCCGUGAUGGAUGUGUGUGACAACUGGGUGGCCGUAUACGAGGUAUGGAGCGUAGACUCCAAAAAACGACUUGCUACGCUUCAUAUACCCCUUGAGACGCAAGAGAUAUGGAUGCAGAUGAGACAAUCACUCCAUGAAUUCGAUCAAGGGAAAUGGACAACUGCAUUUCCAACGGCUAUCAGCUACGAUCUUCGAUCUAUCGUCAUACUACGAACACUUUUUGUCCUCGAUUACUCCAACGCUCGAUCGACACCCAUAGUGAAGAAAGCGGCGUUCGACCCAAGAGAUCAUGCUAUCCAUGGCGUAGCGUUUCUCCAUCGGGCUCGAUACGUUUACUCGAUUGGAUUCAGCCCAGAUGGUCGUUUUCUCUCGUUUAGAGACUCUAUCGACUUAUACGACACGCUAGUGGUAUUUGAGAUCUGCAGGGACGAGCCGUUGGAGAUCAGGACUCUUAAUGUCUUCCGGCUUAACAAGCUGUCUAUGAUGUCUAACAUGGCAGCGUUUCAUCCUACGGAUCAGAUUCUAGCUUUCGCUACUGUCGAGGGCGUUGAGCUUUGGAACUUCGGAAAAGGACAAGUCCAGCACUCCUCCAGUCGUUUGAACAGUUUACCGCUUCAUAAAGCCGGAUUCAGCUCCCUGGACUCGUUGGAAAUUUCUUCUUGUGGCAAGUAUGUCGUCCUGUCGGACAAAGGUCAGCGUCCGACUGUGCUAGACAUCCCAGACUCAGUCUUUACCAACGAAUGUCAGCCUGAUGUUUAUGGGAACCUUGGGCAUGGUGAGACUCCUGAAAGCAAGUCUUAUGAUCUCACCAAGAUCGCCAACUCCGAAAUAUCAAAUUUUGGACUAGUAGCUGGCCAAGUCAUCUCCAGCGCCUCAGUUAUUGAUGCUAAGGAUGGAUCCGGCCAAGUGGUAAUGGAUGUUGCAAAAGGAGAAAAGGUAUCAAUUCGCCUCCUUACGGGCGAGAAAGGCGAAACGUCACAAGCUCUGAAAGUUGUUUCGCUACCACAAUCAUAUGGUCAGCCACAUACGAAGCCAACAAUUCUGAUGCCAAAGAGCCCAAAUGGGGCCGUGAGAAUAGUCCUCAAUUCUACUCCGCACAUCCAGUACUCAAUGGACAGCACGGAUGCUUACUCCCUUCCUGUAAUCGCAGAGCGGGACCAGCGAUUGGUCCAGCAUUCCUUUCAGCCCCAACACUACGCAAAGGGUCAAAUCUCGUCUUCUAAUUCACUUAACCAAGCCUCACUUCUAAUAGCUGCUCAUACGAGACCAAAGAUGGAUGCCGAUAUCGAAGGCCAGAAACGCAAUGCAAUGGAUCUCGCUCCAAUUUGUCGUAAGCGUGCCCGGAAGGAGUGCUUUAGAGGCGACUGAGGACGGAAACUGUGCUACUGGCACACAAGUGGUUCUAGCUGAUAGAUUAGAGGCUCGUUCUUACAUCAAAGGCUAGACAUACGACCUGCUGUUUUGAUUUAGUCUUACGCCACCCCAGCUAUUAUAUGUCUC